GCUUGGAAAAUAAACACGUGUAACAUGAAGUUGCCUAGGUGGCAGUUUGAGCUUCAUGAAAGCAUCUGUGCGUGGAAGUCAUAUUUCUUAUUAAAAAUUAAAAGUACAAUUAUUUUACUGUGUGUCUUACAUUUUCAUUAAUUCGUUUGUGUUCAACUAUGUACUCUAGAAUUUUGAAACACGUUAUACUAUUUGCGUUUCUUUUGUCUUUACUAUAUCAGACAUGUUUAUUAGAGGACGUGGUCGUGAACGAACAACCCUUGGAAAACGAAGAUGACAUCCCUGUUAUCGAAGGUUUUGGAGGAAAUGUAAAGAUCACAGAAGAAGAUGAUGUUUUGAUAUUGAAUAAUGACAAUUUUGAUCUAAUUGUAAAUCCUAAGGAUAUAAUUUUGGUUGAGUUUUAUGCACCAUGGUGUGGCCACUGUAAGUCGUUGGCUCCAGAGUACGCUAAAGCAGCAAAGAAGUUAAAAGAAGAAGUUCCUACUGUACCUCUAGCAAAAGUUGAUGCCACCACUGAGACAGAUUUGGCUUCACGUUUUGAAAUCACUGGCUAUCCCACGUUACUAAUAUUUAGAAAGGGAAAGGAAUCAAAGUAUGAAGGUCCUAGGUCUGCAAUGGGUAUUGUGGAAUAUAUGAAAGAACAGGCUGAUCCAAACUGGAAGCCUCCUCCAGAAGCUGUUGUUACUCUGACCAGUGAGAAUUUUACCUCUGUUGUCAAUAAAGCUGACCUUAUUCUUGUGGAAUUUUAUGCUCCCUGGUGUGGGCACUGUAAAAAACUGGCACCAGAAUAUGAGCGGGCAGCCCAAGUUCUGAAAGAAAAUGUUCCACCAAUUAUUCUUGCCAAAAUAGAUGGCACCUCAGAAAAAGAGUUGUCUGAUGUGUAUAAAGUUUCUGGCUAUCCUACCCUGCUACUUUUUCGUCGAGGACGUAAAUUUCCAUACGAAGGUCCAAGAGAAGAAACAGGUAUUAUAGAUUACAUGAAGGAGCAAGCAAGAUCCCCCAGCAUAGAAGUAACGACAGUAAAGGCUUUAGAAAAAUCCAAGAGCAAGACGGAUAUUAACGUUGUUGGUUUCUUCAGAAAUGAAGAAGAUUGGUUAUAUGAUGAGUACCUGGCAGCUGCCAAUGAGAAAAGAAAACAGAUUAACUUUCUACACACCUUCAAUCAAGAUGUUGCAGCACACUAUAAAGCAUCUGUCCCUUCUCUUGUGUUAUUUCAACCAGAAAUUUUUCAAUCCAAGUAUGAAAAGACCAAGUUUACUUUUAAAAAGGAAGAAGGAAAAAGUGCAGAUAUCGAAAAGUUCAUAUCAAAACAUGCAGUUCCACUUGUUGGACAGCGUACGCACCAAAAUCUGUGGCUGUAUGAAGACAAGUAUCCAUUAGUAGUAGUGUACUAUGGUGUAGACUUUGGUUUUGAGUACAGAGUUCAAACUCAGCUAGUUCGAGACGAAGUUCUCAAAGUGGCCAAAGAUUAUAAAGGACAAAUCACCUUUGUCGUUUGUAAUGAAGAAGAUUUUGCAGAAGAACUGAAAGACCUGGGUCUUGAUGACAGUGGUGAAGAUGUCAAUGUAGGAUUCUUUAAGACACCCAAACAACGAUACCCCAUGGAACCAGUUGAAGAGUUCAAUACAGAGGAACUCGGAGAAUUUGUUGACAGUGUACAAUCAGAUAAAAUUUCACCUUACAUCAAAUCUCAGCCUGUUCCAAAGUCAAACAAAGGUCCAGUAUUUACCGUUGUUGGGUCAACAUUUGAUGAACUUGUCACAAAGAAUAGCAAAGAUGUAAUCUUGGAGAUUUAUGCCCCCUGGUGCCCACACUGCCAAAAUUUAGAGCCAAUAUACAAAAAAUUAGCCAAAAAAUUUGAGGAGCAUGAAAAUCUCAUCUUUGCCAAGUUUGAUGGUACAUCUAAUGACUUUCCCGAGCAAUACAUCCUGCAAGGAUACCCUACAAUAUACUACAUUCCAGCAAACAAUAAGGAUAAGCCUGUGAAGCAUUCUGGGGGGAAAGAGUUAAAAGAUUUGGUGAAAUUUGUUAAAAGUAAUGCAGGAAUAGUAGAUUCCAAAGAUGAAUUAUAACUCUUUUACGUUUACUUUUCAUUUAAAAAAAAAACAAAAACAGAUUCACUACAAUUUGUUCUACAUGAUAGUCUUCAUGAUCCACAAGAAAAAUCAGUUUUUGUAUUAAUUUUAUGGUGUUAUAAGAUAUGGCAUAUUGCUGUUAUAAUUUUUUUUUUUUAUUGUUACGAGUUAAGUUUUAUUUUUUUUCUUGACACCAUUUGUAGAGAUGCAUCAUAUAGCAAGAACACUAUUCCAUGGUUCUUCGGUAUAAAAAUGAACAAAGUCUACAAUAUUUAUAUAUAUGAAUGCAUCACAAAAAUUGCUUUUCAUCAUCAGGUCCUAAGAUCACAGGAACUUUGAAGAACAAAUAUCGAUACAACAAAAAUUCUAUUUUAAUGUCAUGAGCUCUUUGGAAAUUUUUGUUUUGAAGAACAUACAUUUGUGUCAUUUUGACAAAUAAAAUUGACUUUAUGUAAUAUUA